AUGGGCUUCUCCCUUGUCCCCGAGUACCACCCUCGGGCUCAUGCCACCUACGGGCGCCCGACCGAGCGCGUUUACCGCCGCACCUCGGCCCGGCCCCAGGCCCAUCCCGCUGACCCCUUCCAGCAGCUGGCCCUCAUGUCCAUGUCGGCCCGCGCCCUGGAGCGCCAGCGCCUGGCGGCCCAGCUCCGCCGCCAGGAGGAGCUCCGCCGCCAGGAGCAGCUUCAGCGCCAGGAGCAGCUUCAGCGCCGGCGUCAGCGCUCCCUGGAUGCGGCAUACCAGCUGGCCGCUGCCGCGGCCGCCGCGUCCCACCCCUACCGCCACCCGCAGCAGCAUCCCCACCGCCGCCGGCGCAUCAUGCAGGACCCCUACACCGGCCUGCACUACUCGGUCACCGAGCCGGUGGCCCCGCCCGCCCGCAGCCCCUGCGAUCUUCUGCUUCGUGGGACUGGUCCCCAGCGCCGCCACCAGCCCACCCAGUACCAGGUGAUGUUCCUGGACCCGGCCAACGAGCCUGGUACCUUCUCCCACCAGGCGGCCCGCACCGCUGCCGGUCGCCACAUCCACGGCCACCACCAGCACGAUGGCCGAACCUGCCGCCAUGCCGCCAAUGACGCCGAGGACCAUGCCACCGAGUGUGCCUUCCCCGGGCAUGCGUCGCGGAUGCAGCGCCCCCAGCACCGCCAGGCUGCCCCUCCGGCCGCGCCGCCCACCCGCAUGCGCUCCUACGACCAGGAGCUCCGCCAGAUGCAGGAGGACCUCCUGCUCCGGGCUCUCGGCCUGCGCCGCGUCCAGCACGACGAGGAUGCCGACCAGGAUGUGCCCCACUCCGACCAGGAGCAGGAAUUCCACGGCCAGCACUCUGACCACAUGGAGGAGGCCGACAGCACCGACGCCCACAGCUCCGACUCCGACCAUGCCUCCUCUUCCUCCUCCGAGGCGGACACCGAGCAUGAUGAGGACAAUGAGCACGACGACCAGGACGAGGGCCUGGACCUUUCCUCGGUCCUCACCCGCCUCCUCUUCCCUCACCUCCAGCAGCAGAAGCAGCCGCACCCGCAGCCGCAGCAGAAGCAGCAGCGUGCCGCCGCCCCUGCUCCGAUGGCUCCCUCGGUGGCCGCUCCUGCCACCUCGCAUGACCUCUUCCCCUCCUACGUGGCCGAUGUCGACUCCGACAUGGAGUCCGACUCCGACGCCGCCGAGCUUGACAUCGAGUCGGCCAUGAUGGCCUUGCAGCAGGACUCCUCCGCCUCGGAGUCCGCGUCCAGCUCCGAUGCAAGCUCCGACUCCGAGGGCGACCUCGCCUCCGACUCCGAUGCCGACAUGAACACCGACUCCGAUGCCGAUAUGGACACCGAUUCCGACGGCGAGAAUGUCCUCCACGCGGCCACCGAGCUGCUGAGCAAGCACCGCGCCGCCAGCCGGAUCUACGACUGGUGGGAUGGGCGCCGGAUGCGCAAGAACCUCCGGACCCUGGCUCGCCUUGGGCGCAUUCGCCUGGAGGUCCAGGACAUCCUGGAGAAGGCCGGCCCGGAGGUCUUCGGCCCGGCCGGUGCCGAGAAGGCCCCCUGCCCUCUGGCCCGGCCGCUGACCCUCGGCCAUGAUGGCCAGCCCAAGCUGAGCUUCGCCUUCCUCUAUCUGGAGGAUUCGCUCCUUCGCACCCUGCUGAAGCUCGACGGCGUGUCCACCAAUGGCAACAGCCUCCUUCGUGGCCUUCGCCGGGAGCUGGUGGACUUCAUCCAGGGCCACCUGGACCAGCUGGAGGUCCUGCGCGCUGAGGCCCGCCUGCGUGCGGUUCUCGAGGCCGACCCCAGCAUCGUCGAGCAGCUGCCUCGGGCCGAGGGCUCCGGCGACAUGGAGCUCGACGCCUCGACCGACGACGAGCUGGACUUUGUUGCCUCCAGCUCGGACUCCACCUCCGACAGCGACGCCGAGGAGGACAGCGAGUUCGACUUCCUGGCCUCCGACGGCAGUGGCGCCUGCCUCUCGGUCCUGCCGAUCGACGACUCUGCCAGCGAGUCUGAUGGCCGGUCCGAGGACGACAGCAGCGAGGCUGACACUGACGACAGCUUCACCGACACCGACCUCGACCACAUUGCGGCCGCUCUGGAGCCCCUCCCCGGGACACAUGCCAUGUCCGAUGUGGAGGAGGCCCACCAGGUUGCCCCCCUCCCCGCGGUCCUGAGCGACCAUGAGCAGGAGGACUCGCAGCCGGAGCAGCUGGUGGACCGGGACGACACCGAGGACGAUGGGUUCUCCUUCGACUCGCCGGACUUCUUCGAUCACCUUGACCUGGCCCCCUCGCCGAGCGGUCUGCUGUCCAAGUCCACACGCCUGCGCGUCCGCGGCAAGCAGGCCCGCGCCGGGAAGAAGAACCCCCUGCGCGUUCGCGACACUUCGCCCAUCCUCAGCCGCCGCCAGCGUCGGCGCCUGGCCCGCCAGCAGGCUGCCACCGGCCUCUCCCGGUCUUCCUCCCUCGGGGACCUGCCCUCGGCCGCAACCAUCGAGGUCAGCACCUGA